UAGCGUGGAAAAAAAAGAGAAACAACAAGGGCAGCGACGUCAGGUAGCGAGUUGGCUAAGUAUAAAAUCAGUUUUUCUAAUUAUGAACUUGUACAGAAGAAGAUUUUACAGCAUAUUUCUGAAAGUUUGGAUUAAAUAUAAGUCUUAAAGCGAUCCAUGGCGUAAAUCCGUCCAAACUAAUCUGUGUGCAAUAAUGGACUGGAUCAGUAAUGUAAGUUUCCAAGGCAGCGUGGCUAAGCUUCGCUCGAGCGUGUUAUGCAGUGCUUAGCAACAAAAAUUCCAAAUUACUGCGCUAGCCUGAGCCGGACAUUUAUUCAUCCUCGUGGAGAUUAGUGGACUGUGUGACGGGUAAUGACGGACACCUGAGCCUCCUCUGUUUUGGCUUUAUGAGAAUGACAGACGUCAUGGAUGAUCCAGAAGAGUUGAGCACCGGGAUAUGUCCGGAUGAUGGAUCAGCGAGUGGGGAAAUAUGCGAGGAGUCUGUGCCAAAUCAGUCAGAGGAAGUGGAAACACCUCGGGAGGUGCAGGAGGAUCCCGACUCCGAGUCCCACGGCGCAAAACAGCAAGAGGACUCGGAGAAGGUGGAAGAGAGCGGAUAUACAGGAACUAACGGGGGUACGGAUCAGCUGGAGGAAGACGGGAAUGGUGUGUUUGAUGAAGCGGAUGAUGAAAAAGACGGUUUUAGGAACGCCGCCGGAAAGGAUGCAUCUGGAUCUCGGGGGAAGAAAGGAAAGUCAAGAAAAAGCGGCUCAGGUGAUCAGUUUUCUUCCUGGACGUCGCCUUCGUCCUUUUCCUCGUCCUCUGGAGCGAGCAGACACAAGCAGAUCCGCCGGAGGAACCACCACCAUCACAACCAGGGCCGCCUGAGAAGACAUACCGGCUUCCAGCUCAUGGCGGCGUUCCGAGAUUUCCUGUCUGAAUCCGUCAGCCCGUGGAGUAUAUCCUGCAUUCAUAUGGUGGUGGACCUGAUUGUGUCUCUGACCCACCACUGCGGCGUUGUCGUCGAAUCCGGAGCAAUUGCACUUUAUGACCUUGGCACGUUCAUGCUCUUCAAGGUCACCGACGUCCCGGGAAUGAAGCAGGAUUUAAGACGAGUGGUGGAUCGGACCCGGAGUUCGGGUGUAGCUCUCGUGGGCUGGCUUUGCAAAACCACGAGCUCUGCACGCCGUGCUCUGGUUUCUGCUUUCAGUCUCAUUAGUAGCGUAGUGUUCCUAAGUGCCGGGGUUGUGAGGAGUGUUGUGGAGAGGCUGGGUGGAGACAGAGGCAGGCGAUGGUGGCUCAGCCUUCAGAACUGCUGGAUAGUGAAGAAAGGAAUCGCGCUUACGGGAAGGAUUAGAGGAUGGAUGUGGAAACGUGGCUCCACACACGCAACGGUGAAUCCAGAGUCUCCAUCCAGGACGGAGCGGAGUCAGCCUGGACAGGAGCUCGAGAGACUGCUGGCACUAGCACAGAUCCCUGAAGAUGAGCUGGACCCGUUUAACGUGUUGGGUGUGAACACACACGCCACGGAGUCGGAGCUUAAGCGGGCCUAUAGACAGCUGGCUGUACAGGUCCAUCCGGACAAGAACAAGCACCCUCGAGCCGGUGAGGCUUUUAAAGUCCUUCGAGCAGCGUGGGACAUCGUGAGCAACCCCGAGACCCGGCGCGAGUACGAGCUGAAGAGGAUGGCAGCGUCGGAGCUCUCCAAGUCGAUGAACGAGUUCCUGACGAAGCUGCAGGACGACCUGAAGGAGGCCAUGAACACCAUGAUGUGCACCAAGUGUGAGGGCAAACACAAGCGGUUUGAGAUGGACCGCGAGCCUCAUGAAGCGCGGUUCUGUGCUGAGUGUAAUAAACGGCACGGCGCUGAGGAAGGAGACCUGUGGGCCGAGUCCAGCAUGCUCGGUCUGAAGAUCACCUACUUCGCCUUCAUGGACGGCAAAGUCUAUGACAUCACUGAGUGGGCGGGUUGCCAGCGAAUAGGAAUCUCCCCCGACACACAUCGUGUCCCCUAUCACAUCUCUUUUGGUUCCAAAAGUAACAGCAGCUCCAACCGCCACAGAUCUCCCUCAGGCCAUACCCCAGCUCCAGGCUCUCCUUCCGACCUGCACGAUUUCUUCAGCCGUAUUUUCCAGGGAGCGCCGGGCAGCGACACCUCAUCCAACGGUGGAUUUUUCUCACCGGGAUCAACCUCGAAUCACCCCGGGGGGGCCAGCUCAGGACCGCCUCCUCAGCCUGGCUUUUUUACCCAGCGAGGAGAGACAAGCGACAGCUGGAGCGAAGGAGGAAAAGGACAACGCAGGAGGAAAAAAGCACGCAAGCCUUUUCAGCGCUGAGCGCCGGCACGACGAGAUACGACGGCCACGGAAGAGAACGACGGACUGCGGCGGCGCCUGUGUUCUGUCCUCGACAGACAACAGACAGGUGGAGGGAAAGAACGGAGGGGUCUGUGAUUGUGCGCGAGAUCAUCUCCGUGCCAACAGGAACUCGAGGAGGCGAUGGUUUGCGAAAGAAAAAUGAAACAAUAUCAAAGUGUUUUUUUUUUAAUGAGCUCAUCCGUGCAGAAAAGAAAUUGCCCAUGGCUUUUUUUUUUGUUUGUUUUAUGCGAUAGCAUGGCUUUCUCAAUGAAGUUUGUGGGUUUUUUUUUGUUUUUUUUUUUGCAUCAGUGUUUUACGAUUCUUCUUAACAAUCGGCCAUGAAGACACCUCAGGGAUGAUCAAAUGGUCUGCAAGGGCAGAAAGACACACACAGCUCAUAAUAUCACCAUAACGAUCGUCCGUAGUGAUUCAGUUUCAUUUAUACUUGAAUUUAAUUUUGCGAUAUUUGUUUUUAAAGUUCGAGUUUUGCCUCGUUUGAAGCAGAGGUUAGACGUGAGGUGCAGAGAAAUGUCAUAAAGCCUCCAUGAGGACCGACUGUUUGGAAACAUUUAUUAUUGGAUUAUAAAGAGUCGUUAUUAUUGUCCGUUUUUUGUUGCAUAUGAAGUCUUCUAAAACCAAAACUGGCAUUUUCGGAAAUCAUCAAAUGACAUAUAUUAAAGCAAGAGUUCAGCAAAAAAAAAAAAACAAAAAAAAAACACAAUUUCUCACUUACUGCAAAUGUAUUCAGUCAGCCAAGGCAUGUUUGGUGUCUGGAAUUUGCAUCUUUACCCAGCGCUUUACACACGCGAGCAACAGGCAGCAUGACUCCCCCCUGAUCCUGACUACGCCUUGCUCCUUCCUAAAACUCCGCCCCUCGCUGUCAUUAAUUAACAAGGAACACACCUGAUCGUCAACUUACACAGCCGAAGCCGGUGUUUUUGUCACAAUCACUGAGACGAGCAAAAGAAUGAAUACAGCAAUUUAAUAAUGAACACCAAAAAUCACUGUCGCCACUGUCGAGUUUCAUUUAGGAGCUGUUGUUCACGCAAUCGUAUCUUUUAGAUUUGUGGAGACGAAUCCAAAUGUGCAAGCUAUAACCUAUUAACUGAGAUCUUGACAAAAACAUGAAACCUACAGAACCUAUUUAUUAGCUGCUGCGCUACUUUCAUCUGUUUUAUUCAUUUUAGCGUUCCCAAUACAACGUUUCUUACUUGAAGCUAACCUACGUUUACGCCUGCCCGUUGUUUUUCAUUUAGUAUAAGAAAGAGACUCAGGAGCAAAGUGUCCAUUUCGAAAGUGACCAUUUUGAACUAAAUGAUAUUUGAAAGACUCUACAGAAGGCAGCUGUGGCCUUGCGUAGGGUUCAUCACUUCAGAAUGAACCGCAACGUUUGUAUGAACGUCACCUGAAACCCCUGCUUGGGUUCCUUCCUGUUUUUAGUUCCCACUUCGUGUUGCAUUUCAAAAUGGAAAAAAACAACACAGCUUCCUAUUUCAUGCUUGUAAACUUUAUAACCACGUAUACUGGAACAGAUAGGCUGAUAGGCCACGCCCACAAGAGACUAGCUAGUGUGAACGCUGGGUUAGUUUAAACUUUAAACAUUAAAACAUAAGAAUAACGUAGCUACUGUACCAAGUAAUGUAAGUCUAUCUCACCCAAAUCUCAUCUGUAAAGCAAACCAUAACUGAAGAUUGGAAAUUAUGCUCAAUUAAAGAAGAACUAUAACUGGUAUUUUUUUUUUUUACGAAAUGAAACAACUUGUCGCAUAUAAAUUUUUCAGGCGAAACAGACUUUCAUUCAUCGUUAACUCCGGACUUGUCUUGGCUGAAAGACUGCAUUUAGGUUAAGAGGGACAUUAUGGGUGUUUAAUUUUUUUUUGACUACUCAUGACAUUUCAUCAUGACUUUCUGCAAAUUUACGCCUGAAAAAAAAAAAAACCUCUCCACUUGCUUGGAACGAACUGAAAAAAAAGCGAAUGGAACGAUUAAAAAAAUAAAGAAGCACUUUGAAAGAGAGAGUAGAGGUGUGCAUUGGACUGAGCACAGAAAAGUCACGUGAAAAAGAAAGACGACGUGCGUUAAUAUUCAGCGCUCAGUGACGUAUCGACUGUUUAUUCGUUCAUCUUCAGCAAACACUUUAUCCUGCUCAAAAUAAUAAAUCCUUUAUAUUCUCAUUAAAUAAGGCAGGUGCAAACAAAAAGAUUUCCUUCGUUUCCCGCACACACACACACACACACACACACACACGCACACACAUCUCUAGGAAAAAGUUAUGCUAAUCACGACGGUUUCUGCUUUCGUUCAUUUCACGUUUUUCUCAAAGCAGCCAAUGAUGAUGUUAAUCUUAUCACCGAAACAGAACUGUGCUCGAAUUCUACAUCAUUCACAUCCUGAGAGAAAAGAAAAAGCCACGAUCUUCACUAUAAUUCUCAUGAGACGGUCACUUUAGAGUCACGUCACACACAGACGCACGUAGUGCACACGCUAACAGAACACGUGACUUGGUUUUAAUACUGUGAUGCGUUUGGAGGAAACUCUGUCCAGAUUGAUGAAUAUUAAUGAGCCUGAUUAGCCUUAAAAAAAAAAAUGAAGCAGUUCUUCUGUUUACGAUAUAUAUAUAUAUAUAUAUUUUUUUGUUCCUCUGCAUCUUCAUCACACUGUCACGUCUACUCCAGAGCGAGAGUUAUAGCUGUGCUGGACGAUUGUUUGUUGGAGAUUAGGCACGUGCUGAUACUCAGAUACACAAUAUAUCGCAAAAUUAUUGGUAUUAAAGUCACUUUACGUUACUGGCACUACACAGCCUGCGUAAGGACGGCGCGUUUUAGGCACUGAGAGUUCCAUAUUGAGCUUAAGAAAGCUUAAAAUAGCUUAAAAUAAUGCUGGUGGUUAUGAUGUCAUAAGAUUAAGCUCCGCCCUCAUUGACACACUAACGCCUGUCAUGGUGGUACCGUAUUUUGUUAAUGCCGUAAAAGGAUAAAAGUUUGGACGGAAAUUGUGAUGGAAAUGUAAUAUUUGCACGUCUUUAAUCUCAACUCUGGGUCUGAAGAUCGUCAGGAUUAUUAAUUUGGACUUUAUUUUAGCUUGGAUGUUGAGUUGUAGCUGGAUUUUUUUUUUUUUUUUUUUUAAUCGUUGACGUUGCACAGAGUGUUUGUCAAACAGCAUUUGAGUUUUUUUUUUUUUUUUUUAAGUCGAUUCAUUUGAUAUAGAAAAUUUGAUUUGCUCUGACGGCAGUGUGAACGCUUUACUUUAUACCAGACUGUAACCAGCGCUCCUGAUGCAGGCGCCGUGUAUCCGGAUCCCAGAACGUCCCACAACAAUAAGUGAAUUUAAACCCAUAUGCAAAAAGAUUUAUAUAAUUAAAAAAAAAAAAACUCAGACAAUCAUUCUAAUAAUAAAUAAAUGGUGCGGGACACUUUUGGAGUCUUGAAGGUUUAUUUCAUUCAGUUCCCAUAACGAUUAAUUGCUGCUUCUUUUCAUUGUUUCAUAUUAAAGUUGAUUUCUGUAA